AUGUUCAGACAAUUGGGAAGACAAUGGCAUCACAUAAAGAGGCCAAUAAGGUCUCACAUUUCCAUAAACAGCUCCAUUCGUUUUUCAAAAAAUUAUGCAACUUAUAAGAGAUUUGAUAAUUCACAUUCAAAUUUUGAUUUCAAGAAAUUCCUUUACAACAGAAACACUAUUUACGUUGGUCUUUCUUUAGGUGCUUUCUACGUGUACAAUUUGCAUGAAGCCCCAUUUACUGGGAGAUGGAGAUUCAUUUGGAUUCCGUAUUGGUUAGAAACUAAGAUUGGUGAUUACAGUUACAGUCAAAUUUUAGGGGAAUACCAAAACCAAAUACUUCCACCAAGCGAUCCAUUAUAUGGAAGAGUAACUAAGAUUAUGAAUAGAUUGUUGACAGCUGCAAUAUCGAAUUUUCCUGAUCAACAGCAGAUAGAGCAUUUGAAGAAUUUGAAUUGGUCCAUUCAUAUUAUCCAGGUCGAUCCAAACAAGAUUCCACCUAAUGCAUUUAUUUUGCCUAAUGGUAAAAUAUUUAUUUUUUCAUCAAUUCUUCCUAUCUGUCACAAUGAUGAUGGAUUAGCUACAGUUCUCUCACAUGAAUUAUCACACCAAUUAGCUCAUCAUUCACUGGAGCAGUUAUCGAAACAACCGUUUUAUAUUUUAUUGCUGGCUAUUUUAUACUCAAUUACGGGGACAAGCUCGUUUAAUAGUUUAAUGAUCGAAGGAUUAUUGAAAAUGCCAGCAUCAAGAGAUAUGGAAUCAGAAGCUGACCAUAUUGGGUGUGAGUUAAUGGCAAGACUGUGUUUCAAUAUUAAUGAGGCAGUCCAAUUCUGGCUAAGAAUGAAUGAUUGGGAAUCGAAAUUGCAACAGAAAUACAAUACCUCUGGCUUAAGUUUCCAAGAGUUUUUCUCUACUCAUCCCAAUACUAAUAAGAGAAUUCAUGACAUUCAAAGCUGGCUACCUGAUUUAGAAAGAAUCAAGGAAAAUUCACAGUGCUAUGAAUACCAAUUCAAUUUGUUUAAUGAUUCUCAACGUAACUUCUUUAAAAGAUAA